AUGCGCGGCCCUGGCUUUGGCCCCGUUGUCCCCCUGCUUGCCAUCCUGGCGAUGGCGAUGCAGGCUCACUCGCACCUCACCGACUCGCCGUUUGCUCGCCGCGGCCUCCAUGCGAGCGUCAUCCGCAGCAAGCGCGACGUUGCGCCGUUCCCUGCCAGUCUGGUCCGGAACAAGUGCGUCGCCGACAUCGGCUGGAUGGCCAAGCCGUGGGCCUGGGAACCCACCGUCAAGCAGAACAUCGCCUGCAACGUGGUGGUCAAUGCCGACAUCCAGAAGGCCGAGUGCAUGUCCAACAGCCGCAUCAUGAACAACGUGUUCGCCGUCUUUGUGCCCAAUGCCGUCGGCGACCAGAGCUGGCGCUCCGAGGGAGGCAUCUACGGCAUGUGCUACGCCUACAACUGCAUCCCGCCCGCCGAGGUCUUCGCCGAGGCGCCCAACGAGAACUUUGCCUGCGGCUUCUGGCUCGACGGAGAGAAGCCCAAGUACGGCUACAUCCCUGCGACACUUCCCGGCCUCACCCGCACCAUCGAGCCCAUCAUCUGCCCGUCGAAGAACCACUGCUACUCGCAGAACUGGUACGACAACGGCGGAAAGCUGCACGCGCUCGCCAGCACGGUGACGGACAGCUGCGAGGUGUGGUUCCCCGUCAAGGACUCGCAGCACAAGGAGACCUGGUGCCACGGCGUCGGCCUCGGCUGCCCGACCCCGACCUAUCUUGAGCUCGUCUACGGCACGAACAAGUGCGACGUGUCCCAGUGUCGCGAGCAUCCCCUCCUCAACACGGCCGCCUACGCCUACAAGGACUGCCAAUACAGCCCGGCCGCCAAGGGAUGCACGCCCCCGACCACCAAGUGGUCCAACACGGCUCCCGACACGAGCGUCUGCGGCUCCUCGGGCGGUCACGGCAUGCAGGCCGACGUCAAGGGCUACGCCAGCCAGGACUGCCGCACCUGCUACAGCCAGUGGAAGUCGACCCCGGACCCCAAGUGCUACUCGGUCGCCAAGGUCGCAAACGCCGCCGCCGGUCCCCCGGCCAACUUUGAGAGCUACGUCCUCGGCAACCCUGAAAACAAGCAGAAGGUCCUCGGCAUGUUCCCCAAGGGCCCGCCGUGCGACUGGGCCAAGGAGGCCGCCGGUGCUGGCGCUGGCGGUGCUGGUGGUGCUGCUGCUGGCGGUGCUGCUGGCGGUGCUGCUGGUGGAGCUGCUGGUGGUGCUGCUGGCACUGGCACUGGCACUGGCACUGGCACUGGCACUGGCACUGGCACUGGCACUGGCACUGGCACUGGCACUGGCACUGGCACCGACACGGGCACCGACAAGGGCAAGGGCACUGGCACCGACAAGGGCAAGGGCACUGGCACCGACAAGGGCAAGGGCACUGGCACCGACAAGGGCAAGAAGUCGGCUGGCGAGAAGAGCACUGCGGGCUCGGGCUCCUCGAAGAGCUCGAAGGAGAAGAGCAAGCCCAACGACCAGACCGAUGCCGCAUCGGGCGGCGACGGUGGCGAAUCAGCCCCGAUCUUCUGA